UCUGCCUCAAUGGCCAGAUCGCCAGAAAUGUAAAAGAAUCACCCUCUAAAAAUUUAUCAGACUGCUGCGUUGUUUAAAUUAUCGCUUUCACAUUAAGUACUAGCUAAUUAGCUAACAUGCAAUUGCAAUUUGGUGUGAGAUUUUACAAAGAGCGGGACCCAAGGCCGCGAGUAAGAUCUCAGAACAGUUCUUCUCCGCAACUGACAAAGGAUUUCUGCUUCUCUCAUGAGGUCGACGGCGAACGAAUCCGGUGAACCUCUCACUCCAGCCGGCCGGCUGUUCCUCCAGCCAAACACGAAUCAGGUAAUCCACUGUGUCAUCGGAGUCAAGAACCCCAUUGACGUGGACUCCAUCAAACCCUUAAUCCGCGACUCUCUCAUGCUCCAACACCCACGAUUCACCAGCCUCAUGGUACGCGACCAUCGCGGACUCGAGCACUGGCGGCGAACGGAGGUCGACAUCGACCAACACAUCAAGGUCAUCGAAGAUUCCAUCUCCACCACUGCCGGCGACGAUGAAUCGGCAGUCAACGAUUACUUGGCGGAGUUGUGCAUCGACGCUGCUGGACUCAGCACAGACAAACCCUUGUGGGAAAUACACGUUUUAAUUGCCCAUAAAUGCGUGAUUUUCCGAAUCCAUCACGCUUUAGGUGAUGGGAUUUCGUUGAUGUCUAUGUUGCUUGCGAACUGCCGGAAGGUGGAUGAUCCGGAGGCGCCGCCAACGAUGGUUUCUUUCGAUCGGAAGAAGGGCAGAGGAAGGAAUUGGAGGGAUUGGAAGAACCUGUGGGGUUUUGUGGUAACGCUGUGGUUUUGCGUGGUCUUUUCGAUUGAAUUUGUGUUGAGGUGCUUGUGGGUUCGUGACCGUAGAACGGUGAUAAGCGGCGGCGCAGGGGUGGAGGAGUGGCCGAGGAAGUUGGCUACUGCCAAGCUCCGCCUGGAAGAUAUGAAGUCCGUAAAGAAGGCCGUGACCAAUGCUACCAUAAAUGAUGUUCUAUUUGGAAUUAUAUCGUCUGGACUAUCAAGAUACCUGGAUUUUCGAGCACCAAAUGGUCUGCAAAAAGAGAUCCGGAUCACCGGGGUAGCAAUGGUUAAUUUGAGACCACAUCAUGGCUUGCAGGAUUCGACCAAUUUGAUGAGAAGCAAUUCAGGAGCAAGGUGGGGUAACAAAUUUGGCAUGAUUUUGCUGCCAGUAUCAUGUCAUGGAAGUAACCGUUCUGAUCCUUUAGAAUAUGUGGGAAGAGCUAAGGCAAUGAUUGACAGAAAAAAACAAUCUUUGGAGGCCCACUUCUCUUACAAAGUCGGAGAUUUUGUAAUGUCAACUCUUGGAGCAAAGAUUGCUUGCUUGCUAAAUUACAGGAUUGUUUGCAAUACUACAUUUACAAUCUCAAAUGUGAUUGGUCCACAAGAGGAGAUUAUGAUUGCAGGCAACCCUGUAACUUUCUUGAGGGCAAAUAAUUCUGCCUUGCCUCAUGCACUCACUUUGAACAUGCUGAGCUAUGCUGGAAGGGCUGACAUGCAAAUCCAGGUAGCUAAAGACAUCAUUCCCGACCCACAGUUCCUUGCAAAGUGCUUUGAAGAUGCAUUGCUAGAAAUGAAGGAUCAAGCCAUGGCCAAGAGCUGACUUCUGUAUAAUUUGUUUUCGUUGAGUGUACGACAUUAAAAAAUUAAACUGUAACUCGUCUUCGAGUGCAUUUGAUCAUAAACAUACGAGAUUUAUUUCAAUGAAAUGCAUAACUUCAGUAUUUCUUUUGCUCUGAUA